ACUCACACCGGCAAAGAGGCUAGUCGCCGCCGGACUUACACGCAAAAGCCUAUUUAUUCAUCUCCCACAGCCAUGACAGAGCGGACAGGCUCACAUUGUCUUCUUUAUUGCUUGCGCGUCGCGGCUUUCUCUAUCGCCCUCCUCUGCCUCCUAUUGGGCUUGACCUCGCGUGCUUUCUUCUUCUCUUGUUCCCACAGCUUUUGUGUGACAAUGAAGGAUUUUCCACACCGCCACGAAGACGCCAAUGACGAUGAGCGCAAAGCUCGUGAAAGCAAUGUACUUCUUCGCUGUUUCGAGCGUGAACUGCGGAUUGAUGUUGAUGAUGAUGAUGGUGUUCGUGUCCGUAUUGAGAGGGUUGCUUUAGUUGGGGUUGGGAAGCGAAGGAGGUUUGUUAUGGUGGUGGUGAGUAAAGCGUUGUGAGUUUUGUUGGUGGGGAAGUUGCAGCCAAGACAAAGCGUUGUCCUAUACACGGGAGCACGAGAAAACCCGCAAAGCUUCAGCACGACUAGCUGGAGUCAAAUGGGUUUCAGUAUCGGGGAAAUCCGUUGUGUGUGGGAUUUUGCUAAUAAAAUCGUAGACAUGGAUGGUACGAGCUUGACAGCCCAGCAUGUAGAUUCCAGGUUCUAUCUACGUAUAAAUUAUCACAGUACGGUCCGACAUCUCGUCCCUAAGAUGACAUUGUUCUAUCCACAAUUACCCACAAAAUACUGCGGUCAAUCCAUUUUUCUACACGAUAUGCUAGUCGCUGCUGGUAUAAGCCUUCAGCCUGGAGAUCCCCUUCGAUCUACCUCCACUUAGGCCGUCUCCUUUGUACUCAAGUUGUCGAUCCGCGCCUGGCCAUAUUCCCCGAAAUCCUUUCUUGGUUGAAUAUUCCAACAUCGUUUCAAGGCUAGGAAAUUUCUUGUUCGACCUUUGGUGGAUUAUCUCACGUCGCGAUUUGCCUGUUCGUUCGAUUGUUCCUUGAAGCUGUUGCGUGGCUGCUGCAGCACGAGCAGCCC